AUGGCUACUGUAGCGGCUGAUCACUCUAGGGCUUCCAAGCCUAAGGACUCAGUCCUUGACCUUUGCACGAGGUCUACCCUUCUCGGCAACAACAUCUCUGUUCGCAUGCUGGAGUUUCUCACCACUGUCAAGCAUCAACCACAUGGAUUCCGCGAGCUUGCUGAGAGCUUCCUCGAUGUUUGUCGUCACCUCUGGUCCAUCGAGGCCGGCCUGGCUGAGGCCAGUCGAACCAACCAAGAGUUUCCUUCCGACAUGGUUCAGGAGCUCGAUUCCAAGUUCCGCCAGACCAACCACGAUUUCCAGGUCUUGGACCACAUGAUGUUCGAGUUUCUCGAAUACGAAAAGAAGGGCGGUCUCGGCAAGAUCCAGCGCAGCUGGCGCAUGAUGUUCGCCGACAAGGAGAUCAGCAAGAUGCGAGAGUCGCUGCGCAAGAUCCGUGAUGCCCUGAGGAUGAGCGCCCUUGUGUUCCAGUGGUCUCUGGGCAACGGCAAGACAGAUGAGUCUGUCGGCGGCGGCUAUGCCAGCCUCGCCGAGGCUCUGGAUCGCAUGAAGAACAAGCAGGGGGCUGGCACCGUCCGCAUCUCCAAGGCCAAGUCGUUCGAAGCUCAAACCGUCAACCAUUCGCUCAAAGCGCUUCCAUCACCGCAGCCACCUCUGCCUGCUCUACCGGCCCUGCCCUCUCUGUCACAUGCACCUCAUCUGCGCGCUCACUCUCCUUUCGAGAAGAUUUCUGCGUCGGACUUUGUCCUGGCGGAGAACGAUAGAUCUUUGACACCGGAGGCUCGUCGACGUGCUUCGAUCUCCAACAGGAGUCAGAAGAGCACCUCCGACCUCGGCGCCGCCGCCUAUGGCAUUGCACGCACAACGGAUGCCAGGGGUAUCGACAGGAGACAUGUUGCACAGGACGAUCUCACAAUCUCCGAGGUUGGCCAGUAUGACCUGCCCAGCAGGCCCGCCUACUCCAGCAGACUCGGUCGUGACGAUGCGACCAUCUCUGACCAUGGGCACUACGAAGCUCCUCCCAGCCGCAUCUCGGAGCGCCGCCUGCAGAUCGGACUCGGCCGCGAACAGCAUGAUAGCGGCAUGGCCCUCACCGUGGGUUCAAAUGAAGAUCCCCUGUACGACCUCCGCAGCAUCGAAACCGGUAACACUUCACCCACAAAGGUCAUCCGUCUCAAGGCUGACCCGAUGAACAUGCCUCGGUGGACACCCCGCCAUAGCAAUACUUCGACUACAUCUCUCAAGUCGGCGUUGGCGGCUGCUGUUCAUGCAAAGAACCACAAACUCGUGGAGCAGCUACUUGACCGCGGUGUCUCCCCCGAGACUGGUCCUGAUGUUCACAUUCUCGUAGAUGCAGUGAUCGCUCUUGAUGCCGAGAGCGUGAGACUACUGCUUCUUUUCGGAGCCGACCCCAACACAGCCGACAAGGAGGGUGUGACACCCCUCUUCGCUGCUGUUGAGGUAUCGGCUAUUGAGAUUGCCAGGACGCUGCUCAAAUAUGGCGCCGAUGCGAACUUGUCUGCCGGCCCCGGACUGGAGUCGCCGCUCGCAACCGCAGUCAUUGACCACAAGUACGAAUUUGUUCAGCUUCUUUUAACCUAUGGCGGCGACCCCAACCACAUCAUGGCCAACGGCAACACAGUACUCAUCAUCUCCAUGAGCAAGAAUACCCCCAAAAGGCUCGUCGACCUCAUGCUCGACUACGGCUCAGACCCCAACGAGAAGAACCGUGAGGGUAAGACUGCGCUCUUUGAAGCCAUCUUUGCUGCCCGUCCCGAUCUCGUCACCGCAUUACUCGACCAUGGCGCGAACCCCAACCUCCCGGGUCCGAAGCAUAUGCUUUGGCCGGCAUCGUAUCAGCCAGAAUGUCUCAAGCUGCUUCUCGCCCGUGGGGCCGAUAGCAAGAAGGCCCCUGGAAGCAUGGAGCUGGCGGUUAGCAUUAACAACAUCGAGUCGGUGCGCCUCCCUGCUCCGCCGCUGGUGUUGACCCCAAUCUCCAAGAAAGACGGCAUCUACACCCUCUGUGCACUGCCAUUCGCGAUAACCGCCACGAUUAUCCCUUGCGCUCCUCCUCGCCAAACAAAGGCCGAUCCCAACCUGAUUGGCGUCCGAGUACCCUGCUUUCAAACCGCUGGCGCCACCCUGCACGAGCCCAGCGGCAUCAUCGAAACAGCCGUCCGCACGAACAACAUGGAGGCGCUGCAGUGGCUCCUCGAUCAGGGUGUUGACCCCAACGCGCGUUCCGAGGAGGGCCACACGCCGCUGACGACGGCCAUUGCCGAGAACCGGCCCGAGGUGGUGGACGAGCUCAUCGCGCACGGCGCCAACCCCAGCGUCCGGGGCCAUGACUGGCCCAUCUGCAUGGCGGUGCGUCACCCGGCCAUGCUCAAGAAGCUGCUGCCGUCCGUCUCGGACCCGCGCGCCUUCAAGGGUCUCGUCGAGCGUGCCGUUGUCGCCAACCAGCUCGAGAGCGUCAAGCUGCUGCUUGCCGCGGGCGUCAGCGUCGAGGACCGCAACGGUGGCGUCUUCUCGCCGCUGACGACGGCCAUUCGCGAGGACAACAAGGAGAUCACGCGCUACCUGCUCGAGGAGGGCGGUGCCGACAUCAACGCACCCGGUGAGCACCUGCCCAUCGUCAAGGCUGUGAGGCGGUGCCGUGGCGACGAUACGGACAUUAUUGAGAUGCUGCUCGCCAAGGGCGCCGAUGUCAACAAGAUCUAUCGAGGCUGGAACGCCGUGAUGCAGGCUGUCGAGAAUGGCGACGCCAAGGUGCUGAGGCUCCUCGUCGAGCUUGGCGGCGGUGCCGACAUGGAUGCUCAGGAUGAGGGCGGCCGUAACAUUCUUGAGAUCGCGGCAGGACGGGGCUGGGAGGAUCCGGCCCGCGCUAUCUUGGAGAAGUACCCAAGGGUUUGA